ACGGCCUGUGUGUCCCUGCCCGCUUGCCGUAGUUAGCUGUCAGCUAAGUUUAUCAGUAUUUAGUUGUAGUGUUGGCAUCACGUUUACAGAAAUGGCAACGGAAGCAAAACUACUCAAGUUGGAUGACAGUUCAGAGAUCACCCCUCUGGAGGAUUUUCUACAGUGGUGCAACAAAGUCGGGCUUGUGCUCAGCAGUAAGGUUUAUGUGAGUAAAGAGGGAACAGUCGCAGAGUACGGGAUGCUGGCAAAGGACAACAUAGAGUUGGGGGAAGUUUUAUUCACCAUCCCCAGAUCAGCUCUACUUCACCAGGGAACAACCAAGGUUUCUGCUCUCCUGGAGAAAGAGAAGUCAACUCUGGAGAGCUCUUCAGGCUGGGUUCCCCUUCUGUUGGCGCUGCUGUAUGAGUACACAUCCUCACAGUCCCACUGGAGACCCUACCUGUCUCUGUGGACAGACUUCAAGACACUGGAUCAUCCCAUGUUCUGGUCUAAAGAGGAGAGAGACAAACUGCUGAGAGGAACGGGUAUUCCAAAGGCCGUGGACACAGAUCUGGCUAACAUCCGUAAGGAGUACACAGAUGUAGCCCUGCCGUUCAUCAACAAGCAUCCUGACCUCUGGAACCCCAGCACACACACACUGGAGCUGUACACACAGCUGGUGGCCUUCGUCAUGGCCUACAGUUUUCAAGAGCCACAGGCGGAGGAGGACGAGGAAGAUGAAGAUGACGAUGACGAUGAGGACGAGGAAAAGGCCCCUAAUCCACCCAUGAUGGUUCCCAUGGCAGACAUGCUGAACCAUGUGUCACAGCACAAUGCUAAUCUGGAGUUCACACCGGACUGUCUGAAGAUGGUUUGCGUGCGGCACAUUCGUAAAGGCGAGGAGGUGUUUAACACCUACGGCGAAAUGGCCAACUGGCAGCUGCUCCAUAUGUAUGGCUUCAGUGAACCAUAUCCAAGCAACAGCAACGACACAGCUGACAUCCCCAUCACCGACCUCUACGAAGCCUCCAAACAAGGUAUUCAGUCUGAUUUAGAUCGGCAGCUGAUAGAGGAGCAGUGGGAAAUGGUGCAUGAGCUAAUACAAGAGAAAGAAGCCUUUGUCUUUGGUAAACAUGGCUGCCUUACAGACACAGAGCUGCACACUGCACUCAAGGUGCUGUGCCUGUCAAAGCAAGAGUUCUCGGAGUUCAUAGAAAACGAAGGAUGGGAAGAAGUGGAUGAGGACGACGAGGCGAUUUCCUUUUCUUUGUCUAAUGACGGCCUCCCAGAAUUAAAGGCUGCUUGGAAAAGCCUCAUUCACAAAACAAUCCUCCUGACUCUGAAGUCUUACGGAGAUGACGAAGACAGAGACCGUGCUCUCAUAGAGGAUCAGGCAGCACUUUCUAAACUUAGCAGCAGGCAACAGAAAGCACUGCAGGUACGGUUUGGACAGAAGAGCAUCCUGUACAAAUUACUGGAGCUCAUAGGGUCGUGAACUGUGACAGGGACCAUGUCGUUGUUUUUUUACCUCAAGGAAAAAAAGCACUUUGCAAAUAAAUUCUUUCCUGAAGAUGUA